AUGAAUUUAUAGUCAAACUUCUUAAUAGAACUCUUAAAAAGAGAAAAAUAAUAGGUCUGUAUAUGGAGGCUGGUUUUUAUAGCCAUUUAGGUAGCCUACAAUUCUUGGCGCAUGCUUUCUUUACAAGCGAAAAAAAAUGCAACCCUGAAAGAAGUUCAAACUCUGGAAAACCAAACCUGAAAAGAUGUAAAUGGAGCAUCCUGCCUCUCUAGAGAACUCCUGCCCAAUUAAUUAGAAACCCUGUGUUUAAAAUCCUGUAAAUGGAAGGAGUUAAUAGUUAUAGAGAAAUGGUACAAGAGUUUAAGCCAAUAUUUAAUAGGGCCAAAGGCGUGCUGGAGGCAUCCUCGCCUCAUGCUCGCAAUGCUGCUCUGCUUCCAUUCCUUGUUCACAUUCAUCCUUCCGACUCAGGUCACCUGCAUGUGCUUACGUCGGAUUUCCAUUUCAAUACGUGGCAUGCCCUCUUCAACUGUGAUCAGCUUAAUCAACUGAAAGAAACACUGGGGUUCAACGAAAACUUAUCCACAUUCCUCCAAGUCUUGUAUAAGGCCUUUACAUCAGACAAUGUAAAGAUUGAACUUGGGGGUCCUGCAAGUGCAAUCGGUGGAAAAGGUGCAACAUCUGCUAAGAUUAAAGGAACUGCUACUUUUCUGGGAGCUUCAAGAAAUGUAUGCCUUCAUCUGGAGUUGUUCAAAGGUCGAAGUGCAAAUGAUGCAGUGGGUGCCUUGGCAUUGGAUCUUUAUGAGGCCUUUUACACAGCAAACAAUCAAAUAGCUGAGCUGGAAUUGCUUUUGGAUGAAGAGAAGAAGAAAAAUUCCAAAAUACUAGAUGCAGUUGUGCAAGGCAAGGCAAAUGGCAUACACUUCCGGCCACAUGCUAUUCUCAAUGAUUCUGCGGUUGUCUGGAAUAAAGAUCAUGAUUCUGAGUCAUUGCCUCCUGAACACCCUUCAGUAGCAAUGCCAGAAAACUCUGUUUUUCAAAUGUCCCUUCCUGCACCUAUGCAGCCUCAAAUAGAGCCUUUUCCUUCACAUUCUCCAAUAUCUGCACCCAAACAUUUGAAGCAUUCAUCUAGCAAAAGGCGGAAAAUUGGUAGUUCCCGUGGUUCAUCUCUAAAAUUGGCAGUGCAAAAUAGCUAUGCAAGGAUUGGUAAACAAACAAGUAAAGGUACAUUGAAGGAUUGCAAUUCUACUGUCUGCAGUUCUGAGUGUGAAACAGUUCCUGAAAUUAUCGAAUCAGCUGGCAGCAAGAGCAAGUAUCGUGAUAUAGACAUGGAUAUACUAGCAAAGAUAGAAGAAGGCGGAGAAAAUAGGAGCUUGAAGACUGGUCUAUGGGCUAGGCGACAUUAUUUAGAAUGGAGGAAAUUUGAAGGCUUACCAGAGAUAGAAAUUGAGGAGCUUCCUUUGCCUGAAUUUGCUGAAAGCUUGGUCAAAUUUUUUUGCAUGGUUAAAAAGCGUAAUGGUGACCUUUUCCCUUCGGAGAGUCUAAAAGCAAUGUUUAGGGCCUUUGCACGUAUUCUGCAGUUCCAUCAUAAAAGAUUAGCUGUGCUUGGGAGCUACAAUGGUCCAAUUGUGGAUGCAAGCAAAGAUGCUCUUUUUGAGAAGGCUCGUUUAGCAUGCAUAGAGGCAAUGAAGCACAGCUUGGCCAAUGGUGCUAAUCAAAAUAAAAGGAGGAGGACUGAUGAAGACCGUUGCCUGUCAGAGGAAGAGAUACUACAGCAUCAAGAUAAUCAGCCAUCAACACCACAAGGACUAUCUAGACGAAUUUGUUAUUAUGUUAUUCAUAAAUUCAACAUAUAUGGAGAUAUGGAGCUUUAUAAUACCACUGAUGUUGAAUUUCAGCGAGUUCUUAAUGAGAAGGGCGAGGUAUUUUGGCAAUAUGAUGAGAGACGAGCAAUGAAAUACAAAAAUAAAACUUCAUUUCGAGAAAUAAAAUGCUGUGGAGAAAAAGAUCUAGUGAACUGUUUUGAUAAAUAUUUCAUGAGUCUUCCACCAAAGCCUAUUGAAAGUGAGCCACGCCGACUUUUCCUUGCUCCAAUUAAAAGGCCAACAUCAAAUGUAUGGUUCCGCCAUCAAAAUAUUGGUGUGAGAACAUUGUUAAAAUGGUACAAGCAAAUGUAUUGUACUGAUUGUCAUGCUGAAUUGAAUGUGGCAAACUGCUCUCCAGACCAACAGUCAGAAUUAUUGAUAAGAACAUCUUGUUCCACUGGUGGUGAUAAUAAUGAAUCGACAUCUUGUACAAACUUGAACACACCAUCUGUAGAUAGGUCUGUAGUGGAUCCAAUCAGCAUGGCUGAAAAAAACUCCACAGAAUUUGAUAAUAGUAUAGACAUUUCAAGUGAUUCAGAUGCAGACAAUCUCGACUCUGAAGAUGAUAAUGAGAUUGAGAUGUGUGUUCUGAAUUCCCAUGCAGAGAGCAACUCAAAGGACUUAAGAAUUCAUGCUUCAUCAGAGAUAGAUGAAAUAAAUUUGUAAUAUAAUAUUUGAUCCUGGUUCUAUAAUAUUUCAAAGGAAUAUAAGUUUUCCUUUUGUCAGGUUUCAUUUUGUUUCAUUGAUUGAGCUUUCAUCUUUGGCUUCCUGCAGUCACUGCUGUAUAUUGGAUGAUAUGUUUACUGGAACUCCUAAGCCUCUCUUUAUAAUCUCUUAUAAUUCUUGUUUGUAAGGAUAACUGUUUUAGAUGAAAAAUUGAUAGCUUCAACAUCAUUACUCGUUAAGAGUAUUGGUUAGUUCAUAGAGGGUAGGGAUGCAAUAAACAAUCAAAUAUUUUUUGAAGUGGCAGGCCCUUGAAGACAUUAUCACAAACCUAAGGCAUUAUCAGAUGUUUCUUUUUUUCA